AGCGCCGGUCCCGGCCGGGCGCGCAGAGCGCUCGCAGCCCGCGCGGCGGAGAGGUCCCGGCGCCGCCCGAAGAGGCCGCUCUGAGGAGGCGGCGGAGCAGCCGAGGCGCCGCCGCGCCCCCGCCCGCGCCCUCCCGCCGCGCGCCGUGCAUGGAAACAUGGCGCUGCCGGCUCGGACCUGCGGCGCCGCCCGGCCCGGCCCGCUGGCCGCGCUCCCCCGGCCCCGCCGCGCCGCCCCGCGCCCGCUGCUGCUGCUCGUGUCCCGGCUGCUGCUGCUGCUGCCGCUGGUCGCCACCCCCGGCGCCGCCGCCUACAGCUUCCCCCAGCAGCACACGAUGCAGCACUGGGCCCGGCGCCUGGAGCAGGAGGUGGACGGCGUGAUGCGCAUCUUUGGGGGCGUCCAGCAGCUCCGUGAGAUCUACAAGGACAACCGGAAUCUGUUCGAAGUGCAGGAGAACGUGCCCCAGAAGCUGGUGGAGAAGGUGGCAGGGGACAUUGAGAGCCUGCUGGACAGGAAGGUGCAGGCCCUGAAGAGGUUGGCUGAUGCUGCAGAGAACUUCCAGAGGGCCCAUCACUGGCAGGAUAACAUCAAGGAGGAAGACGUCAUGUACUAUGAUGCGAAGGCUGAUGCCGAGCUGGACGACCCUGAGAGUGAAGAUGUGGAGAGGGGGUCCAAGGCCAGCACCCUAAGGCUGGACUUUGUGGAGGACUCGAACUUCAAGAACAAGGUCAACUAUUCGUACACGGCUGUGCAGAUCCCCACAGACAUCUACAAAGGCUCCACCGUGAUCCUCAAUGAGCUCAACUGGACGGAGGCCCUGGAGAGCGUGUUCGUGGAGAACCGCAGGCAGGACCCCGCGCUGCUGUGGCAGGCCUUUGGCAGCGCCACGGGGGUCACCCGCUACUAUCCCGCCACCCCGUGGCGAGCCCCCAAGAAAAUCGACCUGUACGAUGUCCGAAGGAGACCCUGGUACAUCCAGGGGGCCUCGUCGCCCAAGGACAUGGUCAUCAUCGUGGACGUGAGUGGCAGCGUGAGCGGCCUGACUCUGAAGCUGAUGAAGACGUCUGUCUGUGAGAUGCUGGACACGCUCUCUGACGAUGACUAUGUGAACGUGGCCUCGUUCAACGAAAAGGCACAGCCUGUGUCGUGCUUCACACACCUGGUGCAGGCCAAUGUGCGUAACAAGAAGGUGUUCAAGGAAGCUGUGCAGGGCAUGGUGGCCAAGGGCACCACUGGCUACAAGGCUGGCUUUGAGUACGCCUUCGACCAGCUGCAGAACUCCAACAUCACCCGUGCCAACUGCAACAAGAUGAUCAUGAUGUUUACGGACGGUGGUGAGGACCGCGUGCAGGACGUCUUUGAGAAGUACAACUGGCCCAACCGGACGGUGCGCGUGUUCACCUUCUCCGUGGGGCAGCACAACUACGAUGUCACGCCCCUGCAGUGGAUGGCCUGCACCAACAAAGGUUACUAUUUUGAGAUCCCUUCCAUCGGCGCCAUCCGCAUCAACACGCAGGAAUACCUGGACGUCCUGGGCAGGCCUAUGGUGCUGGCGGGCAAAGAGGCCAAGCAGGUGCAAUGGACCAACGUGUAUGAGGAUGCGCUGGGGCUGGGGCUGGUGGUGACAGGGACCCUCCCUGUUUUCAACCUGACGCAAGAUGGCCCUGGGGAAAAGAAGAACCAGCUGAUCCUGGGCGUGAUGGGCAUCGAUGUGGCCCUGAAUGACAUCAAGAGGCUGACUCCCAACUACACGCUUGGAGCCAACGGCUACGCGUUUGCCAUCGACCUGAAUGGCUAUGUACUGCUGCACCCCAACCUCAAGCCCCAGACCACCAACUUCCGGGAGCCUGUGACUCUGGACUUCCUGGACGCAGAGCUGGAGGACGAGGACAAGGAGGAGAUCCGCAGGAGCAUGAUCGAUGGCAACAAGGGCCACAAGCAGGUCAGAACACUGGUCAGAUCGCUGGAUGAGAGGUACAUAGAUGAGGUGCUGCGGAGCUACACCUGGGCGCCCAUACAGAGCACCAACUACAGCCUGGGGCUCGUGCUCCCACCCUACAGCACCUUCUACCUCCAAGCCAACCUCAGCGACCAGAUCCUGCAGGUCAAGUUGCCAAUCAGCAAACUGAAGGAUUUUGAGUUCCUGCUCCCCAGCAGCUUUGAGUCUGAAGGACAUGUUUUCAUUGCUCCCAGAGAGUACUGCAAGGACCUGAAUGCCUCAGACAACAACACUGAGUUCCUGAAGAACUUCAUUGAGCUCAUGGAGAAAGUGACUCCGGACUCCAAGCAGUGCAACAACUUCCUUCUGCAUAACCUGAUCUUGGACACGGGCAUCACACAACAGCUGGUGGAGCGUGUGUGGCAUGACCAGGAUCUCAACACGUACAGCCUGCUGGCCGUGUUUGCCGCCACCGAUGGCGGCAUCACUCGAGUGUUCCCCAACAAGGCAGCUGAGGACUGGACGGAGAACCCGGAGCCCUUCAAUGCCAGCUUCUACCGCCGCAGCCUGGAUAACCACGGCUACGUCUUCAAGCCCCCACACCACGAUGCCCUAUUAAGGCCACUGGAGCUGGAGAAUGACACAGUAGGCAUCCUGGUAAGCACAGCUGUGGAGCUCAGCCUGGACGGACGCACACUGAGGCCAGCAGUGGUGGGUGUUAAGCUGGACCUAGAGGCCUGGGCUGAGAAAUUCAAGGUGCUAGCCAGCAACCGUACCCACCAGGACCAGCCUCAGAAGCAGUGCGGCCCCAGCAGCCACUGUGAGAUGGACUGUGAGGUCAACAAUGAGGACCUGCUCUGUGUCCUCAUUGAUGACGGUGGAUUCCUGGUGCUGUCAAACCAGAACCAUCAGUGGGACCAGGUGGGCAGGUUCUUCAGCGAGGUGGACGCCAACCUGAUGCUGGCACUCUACAAUAACUCCUUCUACACCCGCAAGGAGUCCUACGACUAUCAGGCCGCCUGUGCCCCGCAACCCCCGGGGAACCUGGGUGCCGCGCCCCGGGGAGUCUUUGUGCCCACCAUUGCAGACUUCCUUAACCUGGCCUGGUGGACCUCGGCUGCAGCCUGGUCCUUGUUCCAGCAGCUUCUCUAUGGCCUCAUCUACCACAGCUGGUUCCAGGCAGACCCUGCGGAGGCCGAGGGAAGCCCCGAGGCGCGCGAGGGCAGCUGCGUCAUAAAACAGACCCAGUACUUCUUCGGCUCUGUGAACAACUCCUACAACGCCAUCAUCGACUGUGGCAACUGCUCCAGGCUGUUCCACGCGCAGAGGCUGACCAACACCAACCUCCUCUUCGUGGUGGCCGAGAAGCCGCUGUGCAGCCAGUGCGAGACCGGCCGGCUGCUGCAGAAGGAGACGCACUGCCCAGCGGACGGCCCGGAGCAAUGUGAGCUGGUGCAGCGGCCGCGGUACCGGAGAGGCCCACACAUAUGCUUCGACUACAACGCGACGGAAGAUACCUCAGACUGCGGCCGCGGGGCCUCCUUUCCGCCGUCGCUGGGCGUCCUGGUCUCCCUGCAGCUCCUGCUGCUCCUGGGCCUGCCUCCGCGGCCGCAGCCGCCAGUCCACGCCCACGCCUCGCGCCGCCUCUGAGCCCCCGCUCGCCCCCAGGCGUCCCCGCCUCUCCCCUGCGCCCCGCCCCACGCUCCCCGCCCUGGAGCCUCGCCCUCUCCCUCUCUGAUGGACCUGAGCGCACCAGGCCCCGAGUCGGCCUCGGAGUCGGGGGAUCCCGAAGGAGGGCGCCGCGGAAUUGUCCAAAGUGUCCCCGGACCCCGCCUUCCCACUGGACUCGCCCGCCCCGGAGGGCCGGGACAGGGAAGCCACAGUGCUGGUGCCAAACCCGGCCUCCACUGCCCGCCCUGCCCGCAGGCGCCCUUUGUGUGGGAGACCUACACGCUGCCACAGCUGGACUCCUCAGCCUGGCCCUUCUGCCCCACCCAGACCAGAUCUGGAUUCCCUGGGAAUGCUGGAGGAAGUUGAGACAGGCAGUUUGGGGCCUGUGCAUCCAGCUUAGGUCUCCGCAAGAGAGAGGUCCUGAGGCAGCCCUCCAGUGGGCUCCUGCCCUGCUUAAGCCUACAGCCACCCCCCACCCACCCCAGCCCUGCAGGUGUCAGGACAGUGACAGUGACAGCUGGUGUCACACCAGCUCAGAUACAACCCCAAACACACAUGGAGCCCUGAAGGCAGAAAGUUGGAUUCACAUUAGACAUACCCUGGGGGAAACACACACAGGCAUGCACAGACACACACAUGCCAUGGGGUAGAGCAGGGGUGGGGGCUCCCAAAGCCUUACACAGGGCAAGGGGUCCAUGGGAAGGCUGGCGCACUCAUCUCUUAUUCACCGCCCGCCUCUAAUCUGACCUGCAGCCCAGCUGGUCCUCCAUCUCUAAAGGUGAAUGUCAAACAGUGCCAAACGUUGGGGCAGGGGAUGAAGUCCCAUCUGUCCCACCCUAGCUGCCAGUGCCCCAAAAAUGCCGCCACCUCACCAGGUGCUCAUUGUAACCAUUUCUCACUAGUGUCAGGCCCCCAGAGGGAUCAUAUACCACUGCCUGCACCCUUAGGCAGAGGAGCCCUCACCAGACAUCCCCCUUUGCCUUAGCAGGGGUGACUUAAUUACUCCCGGCUGGGCUGUCCCAGCCCGUCUGGCCCUUACACUCUGGCCACUGCCCAUUCCCUGUCUCCCACUCACUUGAACACACUCCCUGCCCUGGGAAAGCCAAACUGUUCCCCCCUGCUAAACACACACGUGCACAUGCAUUCACACACACACACACACACACACACACACACACACUUUGUGCACAUACAGAGGCUGGGCCUGAGCAUCUCUCUUCACACCAUUCAUUCUGGUUGUUUCCCCCAAAGGCAUCCCAGCCUGGGGGUAGGUGGGAGCCUGAGGGCAGGGGGAUGUGGCCAUGGGGCUUAGACUGGGAAGAGGGGGGAGGGUGAUGCAUUAAUUAAUGGCUCCGUUAAUUAAUGUCAUGUUGCUUGUCGCUUUCUCAGUGUGUGUGUAUGGUCCAUGCCCGCUGCUGGUGCCAGGUGGGCGCCCAUGCUGUACACCCAGCCUAGAUGCCAGCUGUGUCUUGCGGGUGUGUGUGUGUAACUGUAGUGUAGUCAGGUGCUCAAUGGAGAAUAUACAAAUUAAAAAGAAUUAAACAUAUACAGAAAAAUAUAUAUUUUAAGUUUUUAAAAAACAGGAAAACUGACAAAACAAUCCCCAUUAGGUAGUUGUCCAACCCCCAGCUAGGUCUGAUCCUUCUCAUCACUCACUGGACCUAGCUACCCCCUCACCUCGGGAUCGGGGAACCUGUGGGGUGCAGGGGGGCCAUUUCCUUUUCUCUGCCCUUUUUUUUUGGUGGUGAUUCUAUUUUGUACAGACAAGUCAGAAAAACAACAGCAACAAAAAAGUCAAGAAACUUUGUAAAAUAUUGUGUGUGUGAUUCCUUGUAAAAUAUUUUCAAAUGGUUUAUUACAGAUCAGUUAUUAAAUAAUGUUCAUAUUUUCACUUCAAA